AUGACACUCUCCGGUCAAUAUGAAUCUUCCUCACGCGCCGACUUGCCUCUGGAGGAGGUCGAGAUCGACAUCGUCGGCGAGGACGAACCGGAGCCUGCGGGCCGUUACGCCGAGUUGGACUCCUCCGGGGCGGACUCCUCCGCGGAGAGCGAGAGCAGUUUCUGCUCCGGGAAGGCCGGUGGGGGGAGCCUGUUGAAGCCUCCUUACUCCUACAUCGCCCUCAUCACCAUGGCGAUCCUGCAGAGCCCCAUGAAGAAGCUCACCCUGAGCGGCAUCUGCGACUUCAUCAGCAACAAGUUCCCCUACUACCGGGACAAGUUCCCGGCUUGGCAGAACUCCAUCCGGCACAACCUGUCCCUCAACGACUGCUUCGUCAAGAUCCCCAGGGAGCCGGGAAACCCCGGGAAGGGCAACUACUGGUCCCUGGACCCGGCCUCGGAAGACAUGUUCGACAACGGCAGCUUCCUAAGGCGCAGGAAGCGAUUCAAGAGGAACCAGCCCGAGUUGGGGAAGGAUGGACUCGUGUUCUACUGCCGGCCUUUCGGGCAACCGUACCCGGUGCAGAGGCGCGUCAACCCGGCCGCGGUGAGCUACGCGCCCGUGCGGGACGGUGUCAUGAUGCCUCCGUCGUCCUAUCACUUGUUGCCGCAUUCUCGGAGUGACCGCACAGGACCCAGAGACUUGAGCACCACAGAAACGCCCGAGCCUACAAGCGCGCAGGCUAAGUGCGCCUUCAGCAUAGACUCCAUCAUGAGCAAACCGGCUCCCACCACUGGGGGUCCCCUACACCAGAACCCUCUCGCCUUCCCCAAUUUAGUGUUGAACCACGCGGCCUGCUUUGUCCCCACACUCCUGCAGAACCCCAGAACUCCUUUUGCGCCGCAUGCCAUGCUGAGUGCUUCCCCCCUAAUAACCGAACAACUAAGACGUUCCUAUUCACACUGCUGA